UACCACCAAAAAUUAACGUACCCGUCAGUUUACUCGCCAGCUGUACGUGAGGUACCGGAAGUUGUGCGGCUCCUCGUAAUGCCUGAGUUUGUUCGUCGUGCGCGAACGAUCAUCGAGUGACACUAAUUAUUCGCUGAAACGUCAGAUAUCUUGUCGACGCAUUGCUGCCAACGCUUGCUUAUUCAAAAUCGACUUCCGGAGUCAACUCCUCGAAGUGCAGGACAUCGCCCAGGUAUGGCAAGCAAUGAAGGCGAGGACAAGAAAACGGGCACAAGGGUUUUUAAGAAGACCAGUCCCAAUGGAAAGAUCACGACAUACCUUGGUAAACGAGACUUCAUCGAUCGCGGUGACUAUGUUGAUCUGAUAGAUGGCAUGGUAUUAGUAGACGAGGAGACGGUCCGGGAAGGGCGACGAGUGACCGCAACACUAUUGGCGGCAUUCCGAUAUGGACGAGAAGACCUGGACGUAUUAGGGCUAACUUUUCGAAAGGAUCUGAUAUCACAACAGUAUCAGGUUUUUCCUCCAACCCCAUCACAAACGACAAGGCCGUUAACGCGACUACAGGAGAGGUUAAAACGAAAGCUAGGUGAUCUGGCGUUUCCGUUUUGGUUUGAGAUCCCACCACGAAGCGCCAGUAGCGUCACAUUGCAGCCUGCUCCUGGCGAUACUGGGAAGCCAUGUGGAGUAGACUAUGAACUGAAGACUGUUGUUGGAAGUUCUGACUCGAAUACCAGUGAUCGUCAGCGCAGAAACAGCAGCGUGCGACUAGCAAUCCGAAAGCUGACUUAUGCUCCUUGGGAAGCGCGCCCACAACCGACUGCAGACGUUAGUAAGGACUUCAUGAUGAGUGCUGGACUUCUGCAUAUGGAAGCAUCGCUGGAUAAAGAGAUGUACUAUCAUGGUGAGUCAAUAGCCGUGAAUGUCCAUAUACAAAAUAACAGCAACAAGUCCGUGAAGAAACUGAAGGUGAGUGUCGUGCAGAUUGCCGACAUAUGCCUUUUCACCACUGCAUCGUAUACAUGCGAAGUGGCUCGAGUGGAGAGCGCGGAAGGGUUUCCUGUUGGACCGGGAGCGACGCUAUCCAAAGUGUAUUCCGUAUGUCCGCUGUUGCGAAACAACAAAGAUAAGAGAGGUUUGGCCCUUGAUGGUCAACUUAAACAUGAAGAUACGAAUUUGGCUUCAAGCACCAUAAUGGAGCCAUCAACGACCAAAGAAAGUCUUGGUAUUGUUGUUGCGUAUAGAGUAAAAAUUCGUGCUGCCAUUGCUGGACCCCUUGGCGGGGAACUGGUGGCUGAACUGCCAUUCACGCUUACACACGCGAAACCAGCAGAAACUCCGGAAAGAAGGGAUCGACCUAUAGUCAGCCGCUCUGCAGAGGGCAGUGCAGGCCCGGAUCCAUUGGAAGUCGAUUUGAUACAGUUGAAUGAGGAAAUACCACAAAUGCUUGAUGCGCUGCUAAUUCAUCGUUCUAGGCGAUUGCAAUCAAAAAACGUGUCAUCGGUAAACAAAGAGUAUGGUAAGUGGUAA